AAUACACGUCGGACAUGCUUCCUGUUUUCUUUUCCGCUGGGUUGCAUCAGAGAUGGCCAUGGGUUGCAUUCGGUUGCAAACAUUAUGCAAGGCGGUAAGCCGUGUAGUGCAAUGACAACGAAAUGACCCAAAGUAUUACAUGCUUGUAGGUGGUAGAUUUAUUCGAUCUGUGGACACGUACAUUUUAAUAGCAUGGCGCUGAGCUCUGGCGGGUGGGCUCAGAUGCCGCCGCCGCCACCUGCCCUAUCAUUCCCGGGAGUGAUGCAGUCAACCUGUACGACGGUUCUCAUGUCGGUGCGGGUAUCUGUGUGCCAUUCGGGACUCCAACCGCUCUGUCUCCCUGGUCCUGGGGAUGACACACUUCGUCUUCAAUUGAGCAUGGACCCAAGCAAGGCUGGGGAGUUUCGGCUUGCCUUACGGGAAGUCUACAGUUCUGGUCGCAGUGUGUUUUUAGCCGUGUUUGACCUGCGGACAGUGAUAUAUGAGAUAAAGUCCACACGCUGCCAUGAACUUCGUCUGACCACUCCGCCUUAUGAUCGCCUCAGCUUCAAUUUUCGCAGUGAGCAAGAAGCCCAGGAAUGGGGGACUGUGUUCAUGUCAUCACUGAGUGAGGCCCAAAGAGUGGCAAACAUCACCCAGGACCCAGUGGAGGAAAAACAUCAGAACUAUUCGUCUUCACAUCAGCAGAGUUUGAAUGAAUUGGCAUGCAAAGAGGAGCUAUGUGUAGAGUUAGCCAAAGCCAUACAUGCUGGGGAUGCCAUGUCUGCAAUGCAGCAUGCCACAGCAAUGGCCCAGCAGAAGCUGUCUGUCAACGUCCAGCCUUCACCACAGAGCAACAACACCGAGGAUGAAGACAUCAAUCUUGCUGUGGUUGUGGAGGAUGCCUCUUUCUCUCACUGUUUCACAGUGAAAGCGAUGCCAAAUAUGACUGUCUCGUCACUCAAACAACAGAUUUUCCUGGAGUACGGGUUCCACCCGAGUGUGCAGCGGUGGGUCAUGGGUCAGUGCUUGUGUGCGGACACUCGCUCGCUGGCGUCCUACGGGGUGGUGCACAGCGGUGCCACAGCCUUCCUGUACCUGUUGUCCGCCCAGCAGGCUCGGCUGAGCCGCCAGCUCUUCCAGAAGGACCAGGAGACUGCCGUCCUCCACCCCAGCAGUAGCAACACCACCAGCUCAACCAGCAGUAGCAACAAGACCAAAAACAACAAGACCGCAAUGCCAGACCUUAGCCCCAAGACGAACCCUCACCCUAAACCCAACCCUAAUCCCAACACUAAUUCUAAUCCUAGUCCCAGCCUGCCUACCCCUGGAGUUGCCGACCACGACUGGCGAGGCUACAGCACCCUGCCGUGCAGGCUUAACCACAGCAGCACGAGUAAUGGAGCAGAGAAGCCUAGCAUAGCUGACGUGGGGAACCUGGAGGCUUUGCAGGUGGGUGGGCCCAGCAAGGUCAACAACCCCCAGGUGGGCUGGGCGUGUCCCUCGUGCACAUUCCUCAAUGAUGCCAGGCGACCCAGCUGUGACAUGUGCUGCUCAGAUAAGCCAGAGUUGCAUCAGCAGGGUCGCGUACCACAGGCAGGAGAGAGAAAGAGGACAAGGAAGAGGUCAGGUGGUGCAAAGAGGCAAGGUGCAGCACACAGGCACUAAACCACAUGCUGUUGAAGGAGAGGUAAUAUUGUAAUAUUGUCUGCAUGGACCAAUGGGAUGGCUGACAGCAGAAUCUGACACACAACCCUUCCCAGCGAUGAUAAGACUACACCUCAUCAUUCACAACUGCAAGUCUUACAUAAACACGGCGCCGCUACCAGGUGUUGUAGCUCCCAACACAAACACUUUGCAACCCAGCUACUCAACGCAAGCUGACACUUACAGAGAACUCUUGACAGUCUGGACAGUGAGUCAGUCAUAUUCAAGCAGAUGAUGGAUGUGAGAAGUCGUCCAUUCGAUGACCACUCACUGCAUGCAUGCUGACUAAUUGCUAAUACUGACUCAACUGAGAGGUUGUCAUCAUUCCAAAAUAACACCCUGAAACCUUCUGAAAUACAGGAUGUCACCAUCAUGCAGGAGUGCCACUCAAAAUCGUGAGUGUGCGGAAAAAAUCUAUAACAUGAAUGGGGCUAUGACAUCGGCAAAACUGAGGAAGCAACGGUUGGCUUUCAAACCAGGGUUGCAUUUCUCGAAACCAUAGUUGCUAAUUAUGUUACCUACUUUGUUUGCAAUGCAAUUCCCAUUGACAACUACUCAAGUUGCUAAUUGGCUAAAAACUAUACUUGAGAAACGCACCCCAGUUCAAAUGUUUGCAACUCAAUUUCCCUUUGGAAACUACCCAUGUUGAUAACUGGCUAAGAACUACACUUUCAAGAAAAGCACCCCAGUUCAAAGUUCAUGUAAUAGGCCAGAGCAGCAGUGUU